GCGGCGGGGGCGCGGCGGUCGCCGUGAUGGCCGUGGGGCUGGGAGGCUGACCGCCGGGCCGGGAGCAAACUCAGAGCCCAGAGCCUCGGCGGCCGCGGCCGUGGCUCGGCCUGCGUGAUGGCUGCCUCCGCCGCCUCCUCGGAGCAUUUCGAAAAGUUGCACGAGAUCUUCCGGGGCCUCCAUGAAGACCUCCUAGCGGUGCCCGGGCGGCUGCUGGGGACGGCAGGGACCGAAGAGAAGAAGAAGUUGAUCAGAGAUUUUGAUGAAAAGCAGCAAGAAGCAAAUGAAACCCUGGCAGAGAUGGAAGAGGAAUUACGUUACGCACCCUUGUCUUUCCGUAACCCGAUGAUGUCUAAGCUUCGAGAUUACCGGAAAGACCUUGCCAAACUCCAUCGGGAAGUGAGAAGCACACCUUUGACAGCCACGCCUGGGGGCCGAGGAGACAUGAAGUAUGGUACAUAUGCCACAGAGAACGAGCACAUGAAUCGGCUUCAGUCUCAAAGGGCAUUGCUUCUGCAAGGCACUGAAAGUCUGAACCGAGCCACCCAAAGUAUUGAGCGUUCUCAUCGGAUUGCCACAGAGACUGACCAGAUCGGCUCAGAGAUCAUAGAAGAGCUGGGGGAGCAACGAGAGCAGUUGGAACGUACCAAAGGCAGACUGGUAAACACAAGUGAAAACCUGAGCAAAAGUCGAAAGAUUCUCCGUUCAAUGUCCAGAAAAGUGAUAACCAACAAGCUGCUACUUUCCAUUGUCAUCCUGCUGGAGCUGGUCAUCCUGGGAGUCCUGAUCUAUUACAAAUUCUUUCACAAGCAUUGAACUUUCUAAGUGGAGGAGUGUGGACCAGAACUCUGACCCUGUGAAUGAAGUAUGUUGCGGCUGUGAACAUGCUGUGUAGCCAGAAUGUGGGAGGAGGGGGGAAGAACAGCGACAAGACGAGUGAUAUACCAAGGUAAUAAAUGCUGUUUAUGACCCCUUUAAA